AGCGAUAUCGAUGUAUCAGUUCUGCAUAGAUCUAGCGAAGAUGAAGAUGGUGCGGAUCAUUCCGGAGGUGACGAUCGCGCUGUUUCAGUGGACGAAAGCGGCACACUGAAAAUCACGAUUUAA